CCUUCUUCUCCUUCUCCGCUUUCUCCUCAGUCUCACACAGUGGAUCAGUGUUGAUCCUUUGGUCUAAGUGUAGAGCUGCUCCUUUAGAAAUGUGAAAUGUGUGUGAACUAGGAAAGUUUAUUGGCUUUUUAAUCAGAGUUACUUGGACACACCAGAGCGCAGCUGGACAGAUCGACACACUUAGAGGAUGGAGGAGGAGUCUUCAGUCAAGAUAUCAGUUGCUGAACUGGCUGGGAAGUUCAAAAGUCCUCCACUGCCAGUGCCAAAGACAGAUGAGAGAAAACCUGUUCAAAGAAGCCCUCCAUGUUUUCUGCAAUUACAUGACCAGAUGGAAAAUGUGAGUGAGACGGAGAAACUGGCUUGUACUCCUCAACCUCCACCCAAGGCCAAGCUGAAGCAUUCUCCCCUCAUUGACAAACUGCAGGCCAGUCCCAUACUGUUACCCACUAUAUUGCUCAACUCAGCCAAAAGUCCAGAAGGGAAGCAACAGUCUGCAUUCUGUCCCAAUAAACCCUGCAGUCCCCAGAGUCCCACCCUGAGGCCCCCUCAGCAGCACGGUGACAAUGAGGUGCCCACCAGCUUCGAGCAACCAGCUGAGGGCACCAUACUGCCCAGUUUUAACAAGAGUCGAAUCCGGCUGUCUUUUAAGCGGCGGCCACCCACCCGCCAGCACAGGAAGUCAGCUGGUGAAGAGCUGGUUCCAGACACACCUGAUGACAACAGGUCUCUCUGUGAUCAACACAGUGGUGACAACACUCCAGACAAGGACGACAAUACUAAGGAUGCAUUGAAUGUCUCACAGGAGGAGACACAUGAGAGCCAGGAAGACUCCACUCCUCCCAUCACUGUAAAAGACACAGAGCUGCAGGAAGAACAUGAUGAUGUGACCAAGCACAAUGAGGGGAUUGAAGACACUGAAGGGGAGAACAAGGAACAGGUAGCAGAGGAAAAGAGCUCAGGAAAUCCUGAGGCUUCAGAAGCUGUGGACAACCAAAAAGAGGAAAAGGCACUCGAGGAACAUAGCACGGCGGAGAUGGAAGGAUCAAAGAAAGAAGAAGAAACUUUAAGAGAAUCUACUGAGAAGAACAUGGAUGAAGAGGAUCAAGAUCAGGAUCAAGCUUCUGGAGACUAAACAAACAUGGACAAUCAUAUAUGAAAGAUGGAGAGUAUAACAGAGGACAUCUACCAGAGGAAGAACCCUGGCUAAAUGCAGAGACUUGUAUUUUAUAAUGUUGGACCUGGAUUUUUAUUUUCUGAUUUAUGCUCUAAGCCUUCACACUUAAAUCAACAGUGUAGCCACAACCACAGCUGUCACCAAGCCUUGUAUGGUUACGCAUCUGUGUGUAUUAAAUUGGGAAAGGAUAUAAACCUUUCCUGACCUUUUUUCUUCUCUUACUGGAUCAUGAUAUCAGUGUACACUUCAGAACCUCUCAUUGUCUCUAAUAUUGUGUAGCUGAAAAUGUAGUCUUUAAACUGUUACUAGAAUGCAAUCAGAGUGGUGCAGAUACUGUUAAAGUGGAUGAUGUUACUAGCAGCUCUUACCAAACCUCAAAUACUAUGCAAAGUACAUAAUGUGACAGAACAAAUUUUAACCUCUUUAAAAGACUAAGCAUCAUUAACUAUGCAAAUGGUCCUUCAGGAAACUUUGUUUUUAACCUCGUUCCCCCAAAAGCUUUAUAUUGUAAUGUGUUUUGCGUUUGAAUUACUAUUUUAUACAGUGGUUCGAUACCACCCAAAAGCUUUCAUCUUGCAGCCUAAAGUGUCUCACUUUCAAAAAAUAUUCAAGGUUUAUGUCCAGUCAAAAAUUAUACACACCUACAGACCAAUCAGAUUUAAGAAUUCAAGAGCACUGGCGUAUAAAUUAAAAUGAACAAAUGCUUCUGAAUUGUUGCUACCAAAAUGGUCUACUUGCUAAAUACAUAUUAAUCGGUUGAUUUGUAUAAUUGAUCUGCCAAGCAGAUGUAUCCCCAAGUAAGAUGUACCCCUCUGCAGUGCACAGAGGGGGGCAGACUAGCAUUUGUAAAACUCUUGAUAUUGAAUUCUAGCCAAUUAAAAAGUGCCCAUAGGCAAGCUUGUAAGUAAUCAGUAUAAUUCCACACCAUAAUUAAACACAAUUUUUGGCCAAUUGUGUUUAACUUGCUGAAUAAUAAUAAUAAUAAUAAUAAUAAUAAUAAUAAUAAUAAUAAUAAUAAUAAUAAUAAUAAUAAUAAUAAUAAUAAUAAUAAUAAUAAUAAUAAUAAAUCAAUGGUUUUUAAGAGAGUUGUCAGGAUUCUGUUUGAUGUCUGUAAAACCAUUUAAAAUCAUUAAAUUAGCCUUUUCAUUCCUCAAAUAUUUUUCCACAUGCUUCUAUGACCCACUCAUUUUCUUCCUUUUGCUUUCCAGAUGCUCUUUGUAAAAAUGAUCCUAUAGCAUUGUAGCAAGCUCUGUGAUAUUUUUUCUUCAAAUGCAGUUCAUUACAUUGGCAUUGCAAUGUCUCAUCUCAUCUACCUCACCUACUGAAAGCCAAGAUCAGCUGAUUAAUCAGGUGGAAUUGGGUGUGACUCCUGCUUGCCUGGAAUGAAAACCUGCACAUCAGCCCUUUGUACAUAAGAGUGGGAACCCAGACAGAGAUUCUCUGGCAGUGUAGUUUUUACACUAGCAGUCAUCAAUUCUAGCCCUGGAGGCCCAGAGUCUCACAGAUUGAUGAGCUCCCUUCUCAAAGACACCUGUUUCAACACACCAGUUAAUUACCCAUUGCUGGUGAGUUAGAGCAGGGAUUCUAGCCUUCUUGGACUUAAUUGAUGACCACUGCCCAACUGAAUGGGAAUGGGAGAAGGAGCGAGAAGGGGAGAGGAGAGGAGAGGGAAGGGGAGGGGAGAGGAGAGGAGAGGGGAAGUGGGGGGAGAGAGAGAUUUGAAUAGUGAGAGUCCCCUGAUUUGAAUAGUGUUGCUUAGUAAUAUGCUGCCUUCUACCCACUACAGCCCUGGCCUAGAUAGUUACUACUAAACAGUCCUUUCCGAGUCUACAUGGGUAUAUUGGCGGAAGGGAAAUGCCAAAAUUUAUGAAGCCCAGGGAUAAUCCAGGAGCAGUGCUGGGACACUGAUUUGGUGCAACUGUCUAGGUCAUUACUGAACGUCCUGGAGGGCUGGGGUACAGCUCACUUUAAUGAUUUCUCUGCUCUAACAUACUUGUUCAGUAAAAUCGGUAAUAAUGAGCAGGCUCACUUGAACACCACUACAAUGUCAUAUUUAAAGGCAGUAUUACACAUUUGGUUCUGUUAAGUGACCAACCACAACACUGUCAUAGCAACUUUGAAUACAGUAGCUACAUUCAAAUAUACAUACAUAUCUGGCUACACAAAGUAGCACAAGUAGCACCAAAGGAAGCCUGCUGCAUCUUUUGUUUGAUAAAACAUCGCUCUCACAGGAAGCUCACAUGUCCUUUCAUAUUUUAAACUUUAAUGUACCCUGUGAUCCAACAGUAACUAAAUCUGUAAUAUAAAAUUGUUGACGGUGUUCCAUUUUCUGCUCUGCUUUUUUUCAGCCCUACUUUAUCCAAAGGGCAUAUGUUGACAGCAGGGAGAGAACACUUUCUGUCCAUUUUGAUUCACCUUGCUGACCAUGCUGAUUUACCUUGUAGGUGUUAGCUGAUAUUUCCCUGCACAAAUCUUUCAUCUGUCUUCUGGCUCUUCCUCGGUGCUCAUUUUUUUGCCGCAGGAGAAAAUCCCCUCAGACACGUGGAGAAUGUGUGAAACUCCACACACAGUAAACCAAGCUUGGGAUCUAACCAUGGACCCUGAAACUGUAAGGCAGAAACACUGCAGUACUUGAUGAAUCACAUUGUUUUUUAUUUUUGUUUACACUGUGAAAAAAUCGUAUUAAAAAGUCUAUCUAUCUAUUGUUA